AGAUGCUUGAGCAAACGAAGGGAGGGGAGGCGCGCAUCCUCCGCCCACAAUUUCAGGUGACAGCUAGGCAAAACAGGCCGUUCACAACUUGCUGCUCGCGAAGGAACUGCGCAGGCAACGAACCGUUUUAUGACAGCAAUUACUACACUGUAGUUUGUAAAUAUAGAAUUACCAACUGAUACACCAAACGGCUGUUAAUGAAUUGUUUCUAAAUCGUGUGAAUUGCAGUCUAAAGCUGCACAAAAACUCCUCUUCCGCAAAAUACCGAACAGUGGGGAGACACUCGAAUUCUGUAGCUAACUUAACUAACGUUAGCUAUACCACGGGCUAACUAAUUUGUUGUACGUUUUAAUUAUUUAUCUAAAUGUCGGACACUCCGGGGGACGGAAAGUUUGAGCUGAAACAAGCCAGCAAAGAAGUAAAGGAGAGCGAGAACGUGGCUGAAAAAUACUCAGCCAUGACCGUGAGCAAGAACAGCGAAAUUACCAUGGGUGAACUGUCAGUGUCGUCUGCUGCGUUCAGUGCGGUCCCUAUUCACAAACCUGUUAAAAAGCAAAUCCAGUUUGUGGAAGACAAGCAGGAGUUCAGCAGGUUCCCUACCAAGGCUGGCCGACGCUCGCUGUCUCGAUCCAUCUCUCAGUCAUCCACGGACAGCUACAGCUCCGCUGCAUCCUACACAGACAGCUCUGACGAUGAGACUUCACCACGGGACAAAACACAGCUCAACUCCAAGGGCACCAGUGACUUCUGUGUGAAGAACAUCAAACAGGCCGAAUUUGGUCGUCGCGAGAUUGAGAUUGCAGAACAAGAUAUGUCAGCAUUAAUCUCCCUCAGGAAGAGAGCCCAGGGAGAGAAGCCACUUGCUGGGGCAAAAAUUGUUGGCUGCACUCACAUCACUGCCCAGACUGCAGUGUUGAUUGAGACUCUGGUGGCCCUGGGGGCCCAGUGUCGCUGGACAGCCUGUAACAUCUACUCCACACAGAACGAGGUGGCAGCUGCCCUCUCAGAGAUUGGUGUGGCGGUUUUUGCCUGGAAGGGGGAAUCUGAGGAUGACUUCUGGUGGUGUAUCGACAAGUGCGUCAACAUGGAGGGCUGGCAGCCUAACAUGAUCCUUGAUGAUGGAGGGGACUUGACCCACUGGGUGUAUAAGAAAUACCCCAACGUCUUCAAGAAGAUCAGGGGCAUUGUGGAGGAGAGUGUGACUGGGGUCCACAGGUUGUACCAGUUGUCCAAAGCAGGCAAGCUGUGUGUGCCAGCCAUGAACGUGAAUGACUCUGUGACAAAGCAGAAGUUUGACAACCUCUACUGCUGCAGAGAGUCUAUCCUGGAUGGCCUGAAGAGGACCACAGAUGUGAUGUUUGGAGGAAAGCAGGUUGUUGUCUGUGGUUAUGGAGAGGUUGGGAAAGGUUGCACUGCCGCACUGAAAGCCAUGGGAUCCAUCGUCUACGUCACAGAGAUUGAUCCCAUCUGUGCCCUGCAGGCCUGCAUGGACGGCUUCAGGGUGGUCAAGCUGAACGAGGUCAUCCGCCAGGUGGACGUCAUCAUCACAUGCACUGGUAAUAAGAACGUGGUGACCAGGGACCAGCUGGACCGCAUGAAGAACGGCUCCAUCGUGUGCAACAUGGGACACUCCAACACUGAGAUUGACGUGGCGAGCCUGCGGACCCCAGAACUGACCUGGGAGAGAGUGCGCUCUCAGGUGGACCACGUCAUCUGGCCUGACGGCAAGAGGGUCAUCCUGCUGGCCGAGGGUCGUCUUCUGAACCUCAGCUGCUCCACAGUUCCCACCUUCGUCCUGUCAAUCACAGCCACGACCCAGGCUCUGGCCCUUAUUGAGCUGUACAAUGCUCCAGAGGGCCGCUACAAACAGGAUGUCUACUUGCUGCCCAAGAAGAUGGAUGAGUAUGUUGCCAGCCUGCACCUGCCCACCUUUGAUGCCCACCUGACUGAGCUUUCAGAUGAGCAGGCCAAGUACCUGGGUCUCAACAAGAAUGGCCCAUUCAAACCCAACUACUACAGGUAUUAGCUUGCAUAAAUGGACCACAACUCUGCACUCCUUGACUUGGACAAGGCCUGGAUGACCAGAAGAUAAUGAAAUCUGUAUUAAAUUUUUUUAAGACACUGUUUUUGUUUUCAAAUCAAGCUCUAUUCUGUCAUCUUCAGUAAAUGUUACCCUGUUUCACUUGCUGUUUUGUGUGUUUAGUUUCACCAUCAGUUCUGUAAAUACACACCUCCUCUAAGAAACCAAUACGCAGGAUCCCACUGGCCAUGAAUGACUAAUUGAAAGUACACCACUUAACCUUUACUCUCUGCUAGAGAUUUUUUUUUUUCUACAGAAGUCUGAUUUCAUACCCACUCUCCACUAGAAUAUACAUUUUUUUGGUGGUUUAUCAGUAGUUUGAUUUAUGUUUAUGUUUAUAUUAUUGUGCCAAAUGAUUGUGUAGGGAAGGGGAUAGUUGUGAUUGAGAUUUUUAUUUCUUUUCUGCAUUGACGUCACUGCAAGCUUCUCAAAUAAUUACAUUCCAGCCAGGGGAACAGGGAGAAAUGGCCUCUACACUAGAAAGUCCCAACCGCAUUUAAAGGUCCAAUGCAGCCGUUUGUAUCUCAAUAUCUAAUCAUUUCUGGGUAACAAUGAAGUACCUUACUGUGAUUGUUUCUUUUCUUUUUUUACUAUUUUAAUUGAAAACGAACAGCAUCUUAGCAAAGAGCAAUUUCUCAAAGCAAGAAUUUUGCUAAGACUGUCAGGGAGUGGUGUGAGUUGGUAGGGGAAAGCCGAAAACUAGCUGUUAUUGUCAGAAAGGUUUGGAACUCUCUUUCUUAUUGGUCUAUUGACUAAUUUACCGUCUGGUGAUGUCAUCAGGGAGUCUUUUCAAACAGCUCUUACACUAAAAGGGCAUUAUUGUAAUUUUAACAAUUCCACAGCCUUAUUCCAACCUCAGUCUAGAAAUAUACACUGCUCAAAAGAAUAAAGGGAACACUUAAACAACACAAUGUCAAGUCAAUCACACUUCUGUGAAAUCAAAACUGUUCACUUAGGAAGCAACACUGAUUGACAAUAAAUGUCACGUGCUGUUGUGCAAAUGGAAUAGACAACAGGUGGAAAUUAUAGGCAAUUAGCAAGACACCCCCAAUAAAGGAGUGGUUCUGCAGGUGGUGACCACAGACCACUUCUCAGUUCCUAUACUUCCUGGAUGAUGUUUUGGUCACUUUUGAAUGCUGGCGGUGCUUUCACUCUAGUGGUAGCAUGAGACGGAGUCUACAACUCACACAAGUGGCUCAGGUAGUGCAGCUCAUCCAGGAUGGAUGGCACAUCAAUGCGAGCUGUGGCAAGCAGGUUUGCUGUGUCUGUCAGCGUAGUGUCCAGAGCAUGGAGGCGCUACCAGGAAACAGGCCAGUACAUCAGGAGGCCGUAGGAGGGCAACAACCCAGCAGCAGGACCGCUACCUCCGCCUUUGUGCAAGGAGGAGCAGGAGGAGCACUGCCAGAGCCCUGCAAAAUGACCUCCAGCAGGCCACAAAUGUGCAUGUGUCUGCUCAAAUGGUCAGAAACAGACUCCAUGAGGGUGGUAUGAGGGCCCGACGUCCACAGGUGGGGGUUGUGCUUACAGCCCAACACCGUGCAAGACGUUUGGCAUUUGCCAGAGAACACCAAGAUUGGUGUUCGCCACUGGCGCCCUGUGCUCUUCACAGAUGAAAGCAGGUUCACACUGAGCACGUGACAGACGUGACAGAGUCUGGAGACGCCGUGGAGAACGUUCUGCUGCCUGCAACAUCCUCCAGCAUGACCGGUUUGGCGGGGGUCAGUCAUGGUGUGGGGUGGCAUUUCUUUGGGGGGCAUCACAGCCUUCCAUGUGCUCGCCAGAGGUAGCCUGACUGCCAUUAGGUACCGAGAUGAGAUCCUCAGACCCCUUGUGAGACCAUCUGCUGGUGCGGUUGGCCCUGGGUUCCUCCUAAUGCAAGACAAUGCUAGACCUCAUGUGGCUGGAGUGUGUCAGCAGUUCCUGCAAGAGGAAGGCAUUGAUGCUAUGGACUGGCCCGCCCGUUCCCCAGACCUGAAUCCAAUUGAGCACAUCUGGAACAUCAUGUCUCGCUCCAUCCACCAACGCCACGUUGCACCACAGACUGUCCAGGAGUUGGCGGAUGCUUUAGUCCAGGUCUGGGAGGAGAUCCCUCAGGAGACCAUCCGCCACCUCAUCAGGAGCAUGCCCAGGCGUUGUAGGGAGGUCAUACAGGCACGUGGAGGCCACACACACUACUGAGCCUGCACGUGGAGGCCUCAUUUUGACUUGUUUUAAGGACAUUACAUCAAAGUUGGAUCAGCCUGUAGUGUGGUUUUCCACUUUAAUUUUGAGUGUGACUCCAAAUCCAGAACUCCAUGGGUUGAUAUUUGAUUUCCAUUGAUAAUUUUUGUGUGAUUUUGUUGUCAGCACAUCCAUCUAUGUCCAUCUAUGUAAAGAAAAAAGUAUUUAAUAAGAAUAUUUCAUUCAUAAGAAUAUUUCAUUCAGAUAUAGGAUGUGUUAUUUUAGUGUUCCCUUUAUUUUUUUGAGCAGUGUAUAUAAAACACAGGAAAUCAAGUGUUUGACUGCACUGGGCCUUAAACACAUUGUCACGUUUCCUACUGGAAACAUGAUACCCACAUAGAUUGUUUAUUACCAGCUGUUAAUUGUACUGCUCUAUCCUCUCUCCCUUUGAAACAGAGCUGAAAUGUGAUUGAAUUGAAAAGAUGAUUACUUUUACUGACUAAACCUCCUAAGGCAGACGUGUAUUGUAUUUUCUGUAUAGCACAUGUAUGCACGUACAGUACAGAAAUGUAGUUAUCUUCACCAACACGUAGAUACAGAAAGGUAUGUGUAACCAGAAGAGCGAUUAUCCAAGGUGGCACUGGUUUUGAUUGAGUCUCACAUGGUUAUAGGGUAAUAACACUGACAUGUUUUGCAUUAAAGGAGUCUUAUCGGACUCAAAUGACAAUAGUGGAGUUGACAUUUCUCCAGCUCUGGUCCUAAUUAUGUGAAAAUGCGUUUAUUGAAAUUAUUUUUGAAAUAUUGUAGUUGGCUGACAGUUUGUUACUGGUAUCAUUUUUUUGUGUCGUGAAUCCUGUUUUCUCUUAAUGUUCCUAAUCACCAUGUUGUCCUUCUCUAUUCUCUGCAUCCAUACCUGCCUGUUUUCAUGUCACCAUCACAUGGUCACUGUUGUCAAGUUUUUAGCAGAAAGAAGAAACUUACACAGCCAACCAACUCUCCAUAAGGGAGAGUUGAUUUUCAGUUGAGUAAUGAUGAUCAUCAGACUGCAAACUGCAUGUUUUAUGUUGUUUUUUAGUUUCACCCGCCGAUAGUAUUAGAGGGUAAAUAAUAUGUAUGUAUUACCUGUGCAUUUAAAAGGACAUGCACUGUCACCCUGGUCUGUUAACAUGGGACACCGAGUCCAUUGAAUACAGACCACAUCUGUGCAUACAAUUUUAUUUUUUGCUGAGGUUUUCAGGCUUUUCUGUCCUUCCAUUUUAGCUGUGUGAAACAGAUACUGUUUUAUUUGUGUAUAUGUUAGCUGAUGCAACUGUGAGAUAAAGCGCUUUCAUCUUUGCACUACUUAAAGCUGUUGGCCAGUACAAGCAAGGACAUAUGCGUGAGAAGAACAUUGUUGGCGGGGUAUUGGCAUCGUAACGUUGGUUACUGGUCAAGUGACAGUGCCUUGUGACUCAUCUGUACAUAUUCAUCACUUGUAGGAUUAUGUCUGUCUGCUCUCUUCCUCUUUGGAAGCUGUCCAACAGUUCUGAUUCUGCAAUAUAAUCGCUGUGCACAAAGCUGUGCAUAAAUCUAGUGGUCUCUUAUAAAGAUUUGUACUUAUUGUGGGGGUACCAAAACUGCUUGAUGUGUCAACAUUUUAAAGUUACUUCCAUUGUGAGUUAACAAAGUAGUUUGAAUUCACUUGUUUUGUACAUACCAUUGUUUUUGAAAGUACAGUACAUUUUUCAAUUUCUUCCCCUGGGUAUUGUCUGUAUAGCACUACCAAAAGCAUGCCAUAAAGUAAAAUGACUCAAUCUCCCAGAAUUCCUUUACAUGCACUGCAUUGAUUACAAUGCCUCUAUCAAAUUCAGUUAUAGUUAAAUGAAUCUUCCAUAUUUUUUAUUCAUUCAUACUGUCAUAACGAUAAGGACUAGCCGGAUGUCCUAAUAACUGACAAAUAUAGUCAAUUUAUAAAACAUUGUCUAACAGGAGAGAGUUCUUAUCUGACCAGCUCAAGUCCAGGGUCAUUUGGCUGUUGUAUGCAACAGUGCUCUGCAAUUUCACUUCAACUGACGUAAAUAGUGAAGAACUCUAGUGACAUAUAAUUAUUAUGCUUAUGUGAUUGAUUUGUAACCAUUUUUAAUAAUUUCAUCUCGAAAAUACCAUAUACCAAAUGACAAGUUUCACUUGUUGACAAGUGUUCAAAACCAAGUGAUGCGUGAGGAGCUGAAGUGUUGACCCUUUAUUAUUUGAAGCAAGGAUCACUGAGACGUACAUGAUGCGAGAAUCGCUUAUGUAUCUCUGGCUUUGACAAAACUAACUUUUUACCUAAGGACUUUUAUUUGAGCUUUGCAAAUGAAAUCAUAAUGUUAGAUUAUACAGUACUAAGUAUUAUUUUUCUGUGUAUUAUUUGGUAUAGUCUGGCUGAGUCUCAAUUCAAAUUGAUCUACUUGAAUGCUCUCUGAUGCUGUUAUUUCUGUUUCUGCUUUCUGGUUGAUGUAUACCUAUCCCUUUAAUAAACUUUUCUGUGUUUGAAUUAAA